AUGACGGCGCUCUCACCCGCACUCCUCUGCCGCAAGCGCGCGUUCCUUUCUCUGCAACGCUUCUUCAGCAAUGCGGCGAAGACGAAGGAGGAGGAAUGGCAGGAUAUCCAGCGCAAGCGCAAGACGGAAUGGAAGAGACAGCAGAAGGGCUCGCACUUCCUCGACAACAUGGUCCUGCAAGUUCGCGGAGGUCACGGCGGUGACGGUGGCGUCGCCUUCCACCGCGAAAAGUACAAGCCCUUCGGUCCCCCCUCUGGUGGCGACGGCGGCCGCGGCGGCGACGUCUACAUCAUGCCCACUCGCCACCUCACCUCCCUCUCCUCCGUCCCGCGCACCGCUUCCGCCGAGCCUGGUGGCCACGGCGGCGGCUCCUGGCUCAACGGCCGCAACGGGCGCCCCCUCGUUAUCCGCGUCCCCCUCGGCACCGUCGUGCGCGAAGUCACGCGCGGCGAGCCGUACUAUGUGCCGGACGAAUGGGAGGACGAGGAGGCGCGGCUGAAGGGGCUGGCACCGAUUGAUCGAAGGGAGAAGAUGCGCGAAGCGCGGUGGGUGCACUAUCCGGCGUACACGCAGGAGAAUAUGGAAAGGGACGCGUUUGUGGAUGCGGAGGCGAUGCUGUACGAGCAGGAGAGGGAGAGGAAGUUUGCGAGGAGGCGGCGGCAGUUGGAGGCGCCAAUACAGCUCGACCUGGAUCGGGAGUUCACGAAGGAGGAGGAUGUGGACGCGCCGCUCGGUGUGCGUAAGCACGAGCCCAUGGGCGUGCUUGUCGCUACUGGCGGCCCUGGUGGUUUAGGCAACCCCCACUUCCUUGGGGAGAACAAUAGGUCGCCCAAGUACGCCACGCGGGGGCGCCCUGGCGAGCGCGUCACCCUCGCUUUGGAGCUCAAGCUCGUCGCCGACAUUGGGCUUGUCGGCUUCCCCAACGCCGGCAAGAGCACACUUCUGCGCGCACUUACCGGCGGACGCGUUAAGACCGAGGUCGCUGGCUACGCGUUCACCACGCUCAACCCCGUCGUCGGUGUCGUGCGCGUCGCAGGCGACGGCACGUUCGAGGGCAGCCUUUCCUCCGUGCACGAGUUCACCGACACUGCGCUCGAGGAGCUGGAGGAGCGGGAAGCCAUGGAGCGCGGCGACUUCGCCUUCAUGGAGACACGCAACCGCGCCGCCGCGGAGGACCAACUACGCGCAGGGCACCACUUCGACCUGGUCGAGCGAUUCCGCUUCACCGUCGCUGACAACCCCGGCCUCAUCGAGCGCGCGUCCGAGAACGUUGGCUUAGGACACUCGUUCCUCAAGUCCAUGGAGCGCUCGCUCGCCCUCGUCUACGUGGUCGACCUGUCCGGUGAGGACCCGCAGAAGGAACUGUCCGUCCUGCGCGACGAGCUCGAGAAGUACCAGCCAAUGCUCAGCGAGAAGGCGUGCAUGGUCAUCGCGAACAAGGCCGACCUGCUCGGCGGUGCUGAGGCUGAGGGCGCGGACGGCGAGGCACAUGUCGACGCAGAAGCAAGGGCCAAAGCUAUUGAAGAGGCCAAGGCCAAACUCCAGCGCUUAGAGGACUACGUGAAGUCCGAGUUUUCUCCUGCUAUGGAUGUGGUGCCUGUAUCUGCGCGGUAUAGCCAGAACAUGCAGCGGGUGGUUACACUGAUGCAGAGACAUGUGGAGGAGGCAAGGGUACGGAUGGCGGAGGCGGAGGAGAGGGAGGCAGCGGAGGAGGAUCAAUGA